GUGACAGUGUCUCAGUUUCCGGUUCCGGCAGUACCCGGAGCCGGGUCGAGAUGGGGGAAGAUGCGAGCGGACGCUGGCGGUCGCCGGGCAUGGAGGCCAGAGUGGGCGCUGUGGCCUAGAGGGCCGGGCUUGGGGUUCCCCUCGGACGCGGCGGAUCCGCCGUGAUCGGACAAGGUCAUCAGGCGCCAUGGAGGACAAACGCAACAUCCAGAUCAUCGAGUGGGAGCACCUGGACAAGAAGAAGUUCUACGUGUUCGGCGUGGCGAUGACGAUGAUGAUCCGCGUCAGCGUGUACCCCUUCACCCUGAUCCGCACGCGGCUGCAGGUCCAGAGGGGCAGGAGCCUCUACCGCGGGACUUUCGACGCCUUCAUCAAGAUCCUGCGGGCGGAAGGCGUGACUGGCCUCUACCGGGGCUUCCUGGUCAACACCUUCACCCUCAUCUCUGGCCAGUGCUACGUCACCACGUACGAGCUCACCCGCAAGUUCGUCGCCGACUACAGCCAGAGCAACACGGUCAAGUCGCUGGUGGCCGGUGGCUCGGCCUCCCUCGUGGCCCAGAGCAUCACGGUGCCCAUCGACGUGGUGUCCCAGCACCUGAUGAUGCAGCGCAAGGGUGAGAGGAUGGGCCGCUUCCAGGUGCGAGGGGGCCCCGAGGGGCGAGGGGUGGCUGCCUUUGGCCAAACCAAGGACAUCAUCAGGCAGAUCCUGCGGGCCGACGGCCUCCGCGGCUUCUACCGAGGCUACGUGGCCUCGCUGCUCACCUACAUCCCGAACAGCGCCGUCUGGUGGCCCUUCUACCACUUCUAUGCAGACGAGCGUUUGACUCGGACGCCUUUCCUCAGCGUGGUUAGGUCCUGGGUGGCGUAGAGCCCUGGGCCCUCCACCCCUGUGAUGUGUGCUUGCUCAGAAGACGUCUUACUUCCUUUCGAGGCUUUCCCGUCGUGGGCUACUAGGUCCAGAGGUAACAUCUUUGAGGUCCUCAGUACACACAAUUCCAGCUUUGCUCCCGAAAGGUCAGAGGCCCCGCCCAGAGCAGGACCUGAGUGUGCCUGGUGGCCGCCCAGCUCCUGUGGGGACGGCCCGGGCUUGCAGCCUCCCCGAUCCGGGCGCGGGUCCCUGAGCCCUGCAGCGGACGUUCUGUCCCAGCCAUCGGGGCCUCCUAACCAGAUCUGGCAAGGCCUUCCUCACCUACAAUCGUUCUGUCUCUCUGGCGCCACACUUUUCUGAUUCUGUCUCUCCCUUCCGUUUAACAGUCUUUCUAGAGUGUUUGGUACAGUUCACAUACCUGGAUCUCACCGCUGACUUUUGCAUCGGAUUCUUUGGGAAUGAGUCCUGGUCAGCUUAAUGUUAAAAAAAAAAAAAACAAACCACAACUCCGG